GUUCUUCUUCUGGUGGUGAGGCUCAUCGAUUGACUCUUGUUGUUCGCUAAAUGUGUAGUCUCAUUUCCAAGUCACACUGUCACCUGCGACAACAACUCCCUCUGCCACCCACUCGCACUGGCAAUGGAAUUGCGAGGGUGAGGAUGAGUGGGAGAAUGGAGGUGGUGUGUCGGGGAAUGUUGAAACCCAGAAAGUUCAUGCAGAGGAGGAGGAAAUUCGAGGUUUUCAAGGAUUCUGCAGAUGAAGCUGACCAGAAGAAUUGGAGGAGAAUCAUGACUGAAAUCGAAGAAUCCGGUUCUGCUGUCUCUGUGCUCUCUGCUGAGAAGAUUAAUAACCAAAAUAUUCCUAAAGACCUCGUUGUUGGUACCUUGAUUAGGUUUAAACAACUCAAAAAGUGGAACCUUGUUGUUGAGAUUCUCGAAUGGCUUCGGACUCAGAACUGGUGGGAUUUUGGUAAGAUGGAUUUCUUCAUGCUUAUCACGGCUUAUGGGAAGCUAGGAGACUUCAAUGGUGCCGAGAAGGUCUUAGGCUUGAUGAAUAAGAAUGGUUAUGCACCAAAUGUGGUGUCUCAGACUGCACUUAUGGAAGCUUAUGGAAAAGGAGGCAGAUAUAAUAAUGCUGAAGCAAUAUUCCGAAGGAUGCAGAAAUGGGGUCCUGAACCUUCUGCUUUCACAUACCAGAUAAUUCUUAAAACAUUUGUUCAGGGUAACAAGUUUAGGGAAGCUGAAGAAUUGUUUGACAACCUACUGAAUGAUGAAAAUUCACCUUUGAAACCAGACCAGAAGAUGUUUAAUAUGAUGAUUUAUAUGCAUAAGAAGGCUGGAAGUUAUGAAAAGGCCCGUAAGACAUUUGCACAGAUGGCUGAACUGGGAAUUCAACAAACUACAGUAACCUAUAAUAGCCUGAUGUCAUUUGAAACAAAUUACAAGGAAGUUUCAAACAUAUAUGAUCAGAUGCAAAGAGCUGAUCUCAGACCUGACGUUGUGAGCUAUGCCUUACUUGUAAGUGCGUAUGGGAAGGCCCGGAGGGAGGAAGAAGCAUUAGCUGUAUUUGAGGAAAUGCUUGAUGCUGGUAUCAGACCAACUCGGAAGGCUUACAAUAUUUUACUUGAUGCAUUUUCUAUAUCGGGAAUGGUAGAGCAAGCUCAGACUGUGUUUAAGAGCAUGAGAAGGGAUAGAUACUUUCCAGAUCUUUGCUCAUACACUACCAUGUUAUCAGCUUAUAUCAAUGCAGAUGACAUGGAGGGUGCUGAGAAGUUUUUCAAAAGAUUGAUACAAGAUGGCUUUGAGCCUAAUGUUGUCACUUAUGGAACCUUGAUUAAAGGGUAUGCUAAGAUAAAUGAUCUUGAGAUGGUAAUGAAAAAGUAUGAAGAAAUGCUCAUGCGGGGAAUCAAGGCCAAUCAGACAAUUUUAACUACUAUCAUGGAUGCAUAUGGAAAAAGUGGAGACUUCGACAGUGCUGUUCAUUGGUUUAAGGAAAUGGAGUCUAAUGGAAUUCCUCCUGAUCAGAAAGCUAAAAAUGUUCUUCUAUCUUUAGCAAAAACAGAUGAAGAAAGGGAAGAGGCUAAUGAGCUCGUAGUGCAUUUCAGUGAAAAUAGCAGUUUACCUAAAGUUAAUGGCAUUGUUAAACUUGUUGACGAAGAUGAAGAAGAAGAUAAUUAUGAAUAUUUUGAUGCCCAGCUCGCAAGGGCUUAUGAACAUUCUACAGAGGUAAAAGUUGACGAAUGUCAAGUCCUUUGAGACCUAGACACUCAAAUUUUGUACACUUGUAGUCAUUGUAUUUUGUGGUAGCAUUAUAUUAUCAAGCAAUUGAAAGUAUUUAACUUAGACAUAAUAUACUCCAAAUAUGGGAGUCAUAUUGGAAAGUAAUCAUGUCCCUUGUGUCUCAUCAUC